AUGGUAGAACUAGACUGGGGGUGCCAGAGAAGCCCGGGGGAAGAAAUAGCCGGUGGUGCCGCCUCUCCGAUUCUGAAGAUCCGACAGGUGGUGUUGCACCUGUACCUCGCCGACGGCAGUAUGGAAAUUUUCGAGAAGCGUCAGGCCAACAGCGGUCAGCAGGGAGGCCUCCUCUUGAAACGAAACAUUUUCAAGAAGCGCGAUGGAUCGAUAUACGGCGUUGGCGAUCUCAAGGUGGGCAGCGACCUCAAUCUUCUCGGCCGCUCGUACCGACUAACGGAGUGCGACGACUACACUAGAAAGUGGUACGAAAGCGAAGGGUUUCGACAGCCGGAAGCGCAACCGGUCCCGAAGGAAGUCAACCAGUGCCUUCGGGUUGAGCACACUACCGGCUUGUGCAACAAACCUCAACGCCCUCACACCGCGCCAAGGUGA